CUUCUGUCUUGCUGUGCUGGUCAGGUCACCCGCUUAAACACCAUCAGCCAUGGGUGUGCUAAUGUGUGUGGUGAUCAUGGCCCUGUCGGCGCUUAUCGCCCUCUUGGCCGAAGCGUAUUCCUGGUACACGGUGUACAGAAAACCCGAGUAUCAGAGGCUAAAGCGUCACAUCGAGAAUCUCGUUAAAGACGUCGAGAAAAAGAAGGCGGAGCCGGUAGGUGGCAGCGUCGAAAAGAAGGUUAAGAACCUGAAGGCGCUCAGCCGGCUGGAGAAGGACCUCGCGGAAGCCACCAAGGACUUGCAAGCCCUGACGAUGUCCAACAAGUUGGUGGUAGCUGUCACCCUCAUGGUCGUCAUGAUCGCGAUUAACAAGAGUUUCGCCGGCAUCGUUGUGGCGAAGCUACCGUUCGUGCCCAUCUCGCUGGUCCAAAAGAUCAGCCACAGGGCGCUCGAGGGAGAAGACCCGACGGAUUGCUCAGUGGCGUUUAUUUUCGCACUGUGCCAGGCCGGGGUGAAGGGGAACAUCGUCAAGCUCGUUGGGGUGGGCCACCCGAAGGGGAUGAAAGAGGCCAACCCCUUUGCAGAGUUGGGAGCGCCUGUCGAGGAAGACCAUGCAAAGGUUCAAUGAUAAUUUUAUCCGUCGGUGGUGCACUCUCGUAUCCCGGAAGGGGAGUCCCGUUUUGUUUCUCGAGCCUGGGGUCAAAGCUUGUCUUGGUCUUGGCCGCUAUCUCCUCACGCACGUUGGGGGGUGGGUUCGCCUGCCCGUUUGCGGGGCUGUGGAAGGGUACGGGUGUGUGUAUGCGUAUGUGCGUACGACCACCGUGUCUCAGGUUCGUCCCUUUCCUCCUAGGUCCAAGCAUUCGCAUGCAGGCGUGUGCACACACCGUGUUGUGCUUGAAGAGGGGGGUAGGAGUCGACGCUGGGACGGGCUGCUCGCAGCGUCUAGAAAGAACCCGGAAGAAUGUUGUUCGUUUUCUUCCAGAAAUGCGGUGACGUUUCGGAGGGCAAAGAGCACGAGGACUAUAUUCACUGCGGUACGUCGGGUAUGAGAGGCAUGGUGCGAGGUCGGAAAAGGGAUUUGUGUACAUAUUUAGGAGUAUAAAACAUUUCUGACCGAGCGUGCGCAUGAGAACACGCGGCAGUUUUGCGUGGUUUCGUGAUGGGAAUGGUCUAAGCGUUCAAUCGGACGUGGUGUUCGCUGGUUCCAUCUGCUUUAUUACCUUUCCCCUCCGCGCAGGCAACCAGGUUACCGUUUUU